AUGUUGGACAGUAAAAUUCGUGAAUGUCCUUUGUCGCAGGGAUUAGAUACGUCAUUGAUUCCAUGGCCUGGAAUGAAAUAUGCUUGCGUUCGAGUUUUGGAAUUGUAUUGUAAAGUUUUUAAUCAAACACAAUUGUAUCAUUUAAUUAUCAGAUGUUGUUGUGAAAAUUAA